AUGAGGUUCAUCCGGAUCUCUGUUCCUGUUCCUGUCGUCUCUUUAGUCUGGUCUUCGUGUGGAUUGUUCGUGUUGGAUGUCGUCGUGUCUUCUUCGUGCCUGCACCGGAUUCACGCCAUCACCACGGGACUUCACUCCACGCUGUCACCAGCCAUCUUGCCCCUGCAUCACCCAGCCGAGAGCCUUCAUCACCGUCACUGUAACUAUCGGACCAAAAUGGAAGCAGCAGGCACCUCACAACCCACGAUGGAGGAUUAUCUUCAGGAUUGUAUCUCUCGGCUGGAGAAACAGGAAAAGAGCACGAGCGAUUCCGGUCAGGCUAUCCGUGCUCUUGUGGUGCAGGUGUCCGAGCUGACCCAGCGUAUGCAACAGUUGCAACUUCCCGCUGCGCCAGUCACGCCGCCCACGCCGCCCGCCCCUCUCGCAGCACCCGGACCAUCUGCUGCGGCUCAACAGCUGGAGCCCCGCCUUCCCCCGCCGGAGGUCUAUAGUGGUGAGCCGAAUUUCUGCCGAGCUUUCCUCACUAAAUGCUCAAUGCAUUUUGCGUUACAACCUCGCACAUUCGUUAGUGAGGAAAGCAAGGUGGCGUUCGUGCUCACCCUAUUGACGGGGAGGGCGGCGCUGUGGGGCACGGCGGUGUGGGAAAAUCAAGAUCCCUGUUGUGCCUCAUUCUCGACACUCUCGGCCGAAAUGAAGAGGGUGUUUGACCGCGCGGCUUCGGGGAGGGAGGCCGCGCGGACUUUGAUGGAUCUCCGACAGGGGGAGAGAUCCGUCUCUGACUAUUCAAUCGAGUUUCGCACCCUCGCGGCAGAGUGUCAAUGGAAUGAGGAGGCGCAGUGGGAUAUGUUCCUGCAUGGGCUGGCUGAUCGCGUUCAAAAGGAGAUCUACGCCCUGGAUCUACCCGCUAACCUCAACGGACUCAUCGACCUUGCCUUGCGGCCCCCACGACGAACACGAACCCAUGCAGGUGGGUCGAGCUCGGCUUUCCCGGGAGGAGAAGGAGAGGCGGAGAUCCCGGGGCCUUUGUUUAUACUGUGGAGCUCCGGGACAUUACGCUUUCAACUGCCCGGUAAAAGGGCCAGCCCGACAGUAAAUCUGAGGCUACUGUCGGGUGGGAUCUCCGCUAAGAAGACCUCAUCCAGCGCGACCUCCAUGCUCCUUCCGGGUAGGCUAAGAUGGCAGAAUCACGAUCUUCACUGCACUGCACUUCUGGACUCCGGGGCUGAAGGUAAUUUCAUGGACUAUUCGUUUGCACGUUCCAAUCAGGUUCCCCUCAGUCCCCUCACCGACCCCAUCGCCGUCAACGCUCUCAAUGGUCAAACUCUACCCAAGAUCACAUUCGUCACUAAACCCGUUACUCUCACUGUAUCUGGCAACCACAGUGAGAGUAUCCCCUUUUACAUUCUGGACUCCCCUCUUGCACCUGUUGUUCUUGGACAUCCUUGGCUCAUCAAACACAACCCCCGGAUUGAUUGGCAGCUCCAGUCCGUGUCUGAGUGGAGCACUAAAUGUCAUGAAUCUUGUCUUGUGUCUGCUUGUCCGUCUGUUUCUGUUUCUCUGUUUCAGGAGAAGGCGGUGGAUGUGAGUAACGUGCCCGUAGAGUACCUCGACCUGAAGGAAGUGUUCAGUAAGUCUCGGGCUGCUUCUCUCCCUCCUCAUCGUCCCUAUGACUGUGCGAUAGAGUUAUUGCCAGGGUACAUCUUGUCGGCUGAGGGAAUUCGUGUGGAUCCAGCGAAGGUUCAGGCUGUGGUGGAUUGGCCAACUCCAGAUUCCCGUAAGGCCCUGCAGAGGUUUCUGGGGUUUGCCAAUUUUUACCGACGUUUCAUCCGCAAUUUCAGCCAACUAGCCGCGCCUCUGACCGCCUUAACCUCCCCCAGAACGACGUUCAGGUGGUCUGACUCAGCUGAGGCUGCGUUUCCCAAACUGAAGAGCCGCUUCGUUUCGGCUCCCAUUCUCGAGACCCCUGAUCCAUCACGUCAGUUCGUGGUGGAGGUUGACGCGUCGGAGGUGGGGGUAGGUGCGGUUCUAUCACAGCGUUCGGCCACAGACGACAAGAUGCAUCCCUGCGUUUUUUCACAUCGUCUGUCACCUGCUGAGUCAAAUUACGAUAUUGGUAAUCGAGAGCUGUUGGCAGUCAAGUUGGCAUUAGAGGAAUGGCGUCAUUGGCUGGAGGGGUCGGGGGUACCUUUCAUUGUAUGGACCGAUCAUAAAAACCUCGAAUAUAUUAAAACCGCCAAAAGAUUGAACUCUAGGCAGGCUCGGUGGGCACUUUUUUUCGGACGUUUUGACUUUACCAUUUCGUACCGUCCGGGUUCCAAGAAUGUCAAACCCGAUUCUUUGUCGCGUAUUUUUGACCACACCGAUCGCCCGUCCACUCCCGAGAGUAUUUUUCCUGAGACGCUUAUCGUUUCAACUCUCACGUGGGAGGUCGAAACGAAGGUUAAGACAGCCUUAGAAGGGGUAACGCCUCCGGUCGCUUGUCCACCGAACCGGUUAUUUGUGCCAGAGGAAUUACGGUCCGAGGUUAUUCAGUGGGGUCACUGUUCUAAUGUAGCAUGCCACCCAGGAGUCAAUCGUACCAUACAUGUGGUUAAGCAACGGUUUUGGUGGCCUCUUAUGGCUCGUGACGUUCGCAGUUUUGUUUUGGCUUGCUCAGUUUGUGCCAUUGGUAAGACAUCUAACAGACCUCCAGAUGGACUCCUUCAACCGCUGCUGGUCCCUUCGAGACCCUGGUCCCACAUUGCGCUAGAUUUUGUCACCGCCCUCCCGCCCUCUCAGGGCAACACGGUAGUUUUGACCGUGGUGGACCGGUUCUCGAAGGCGGCCCAUUUUAUUCCCUUGCCCAAAUUACCCUCAGCCAAGGAGACAGCGGUGACUGUCGUGGACCCACGUUUUUCGCUUACAUGGCCUCCUGACGGACGUGGUCUCCGACAGGGGACCCCAAUUUGUGUCCAAAUUUUGGCAAGAGUUUUGUAG